CAUCAGCCUAGCAGAAUGGGGUCGCAAGGCCAUCGAGAUUGCGGAGAAUGAGAUGCCAGGGCUGAUGAAGAUGCGGGAGAUGUAUGGAGCAUCGAAACCAUUGAAAGGAGCUCGGAUUGCAGGUUGCCUUCACAUGACUGUGCAGACUGCAGUUCUGAUAGAGACCCUUGUGGUGCUGGGAGCAGAGGUACAAUGGUCAAGCUGCAACAUUUUCUCUACUCAGGACCACGCUGCUUCUGCUAUUGCAAAAACUGGUAUUCCUGUGUUCGCCUGGAAAGGAGAGACAGAUGAGGAAUACUUGUGGUGUAUUGAACAGACCCUGUACUUCAAAGACGGGCAGCCCUUGAACAUGAUUUUAGAUGAUGGUGGAGACCUCACCAACCUGGUUCAUACCAAAUACCCACAGCUCCUGAAAGGAAUUAAAGGCAUCUCGGAAGAAACAACCACUGGGGUUCAUAAUCUAUAUAAGAUGAAGGCCAAUGGGACCCUAAAAGUGCCAGCCAUCAAUGUAAAUGACUCCGUCACCAAGAGUAAAUUUGAUAACCUUUAUGGUUGCCGAGAGUCCCUUAUCGACGGCAUUAAACGUGCUACAGAUGUCAUGAUUGCUGGGAAAGUGGCUAUAGUGGCAGGCUAUGGUGAUGUCGGCAAAGGUUGUGCUCAAGCCCUAAGAAGCUUUGGAGCCAGAGUCAUCAUCACUGAAAUUGAUCCGAUCAAUGCGUUGCAGGCAACCAUGGAAGGUUAUGAGGUCACAACAAUGGAGGAGGCCUGCAAAGAAGGGAACAUCUUUGUCACCACUACUGGAUGCACAGACAUUGUGAAGAGCAGACACUUUGAGCAGAUGAAGGAUGAUGCCAUAGUAUGCAACAUUGGCCACUUUGAUGUGGAAGUUGAUGUGAAGUGGCUAAAUGAGAAUUCAGUGGAGAAAGUGAAUGUUAAGCCCCAGGUGGACCGGUAUAAACUGAAGAAUGGUCAUCACAUCAUACUUCUAGCAGAAGGCCGGCUAGUUAAUUUAGGUUGUGCCAUGGGUCACCCCAGCUUUGUUAUGAGCAACUCCUUCACCAAUCAGGUGUUGGCGCAGAUUGAACUGUGGACCAAUAAUGACCAGUAUCCUGUGGGAGUCCAUUUCUUGCCAAAGAAGCUGGAUGAAGCUGUGGCUGCUGCUCAUCUGGAUAAACUGUGUGUGAAGCUGACUAAACUGAGUGACAAGCAGGCCAAGUACUUAGGAGUAUCAAAAGAAGGGCCCUUCAAGCCAGAGCACUACAGAUACUGAGCAGCCAGUGCUACCCAAAGAACAGCUUUCAGGGAUUAAAUCUUCCAAAGCUUUUGCCUGUGCCCUGGGUUCUGAGAACAAGCCUUCCUUCUUUCCCCCUCUAUGCACCCAACACAAGCCCUUUCAUUCUUUAAAGCGCAGGUACCAAGACUGCUUGGGAAUGGACUCAUUCUUGCAUACUGGGAAUUGUCUCUUUAGCUAUUGCCCCAGUGGACUGGAUCCUAUAUAUGCUCCUAUUGCCUUCUGAGUGAGGCAGUAAGUAAAGUAAAUAAAACUCAGUACCCCUAGUCCUUUCAAGUCCUUCCUCUACUGCUGGUAGACGGACAGUAUCAGUUUGAAUAGGCUAACCAAUAAUAUGGGGGAUAAAUAAUAUGUGAUAAUGGGGGUAGUUUGUUAGUACCUUAGGAGCACUGGAAGUGCUGCCCCCCUUUCCCCCCUCUAUUUUGUGCAGAAGUUCUGGUUUGGUUUUGUGAAACAACCGGGUGAGGUGAAUAAACCAUGGGUAUUCUGCUUCCUUAAAAAUUAAUGUGCCUCUUUUUGGUUGCUUACUUUGGGAUCUGUCUAGUGCUCCUCCUCCUAGGUUAAGACUUGAAUUGAUUUCCUGGGUCAUCUAGUGCAGCUGUCUCCUAAGGUGUGUAGUCCUAUAUUUUAAUUCCAAAAUAAAUCAAAGCCUUUUUCAUUUGUGAUGUGAUUGGCUUUGAAAGUCCAUUGAGGAGGAGAGUGGAAGGAUGUUGUUCUCUGAAAUGCCAGCAGUGUACUGCUGCCUCUUACAUGGUUUUGUAAGUUGUGAUAUCUGCUGCAUCUUGUCUGAACUGGUGUCUCAAAGUGCUUUUAUUAAAAACUCACAACUGUGA